UUUCUUUUGCAGUGUCCAUAUUAAGCCGAUAUCGCUCGAAUAAUAAGAGUACAAAAUGCCCGCUGAGAAGACUCAUAUCAAUAUUGUCGUCAUUGGUCAUGUAGAUUCUGGAAAAUCUACGACCACCGGUCACCUGAUCUACAAAUGUGGAGGAAUUGACAAAAGAACUAUUGAAAAGUUCGAAAAGGAGGCCCAAGAGAUGGGCAAAGGCUCCUUUAAAUAUGCAUGGGUUUUAGAUAAACUAAAGGCCGAAAGAGAACGUGGUAUUACCAUUGACAUUUCAUUGUGGAAGUUUGAAACAUCCAAAUAUUACAUAACCAUCAUUGAUGCCCCAGGACAUCGUGAUUUCAUUAAAAACAUGAUCACGGGAACUUCUCAGGCUGAUUGUGCAGUGUUGGUUGUGGCUGCUGGCGUUGGUGAGUUCGAAGCUGGUAUCUCUAAAAACGGUCAAACUCGUGAACAUGCCCUGUUGGCUUAUACACUUGGCGUGAAGCAACUGAUUGUUGGAGUUAAUAAGAUGGACUCCACUGAGCCUCCAUACAGCGAGGCACGUUUUGAGGAAAUCAAAAAAGAAGUUGUGGCCUACAUAAAGAAAAUAGGUUACAAUCCUGAUUUUGUACCUUUUGUUCCUAUUUCUGGGUGGAACGGUGACAACAUGUUAGAAAGCAGUCCUAAGAUGCCUUGGUUCAAAGGAUGGUCAGUUAAAAAGGCAGAUAAAAAAGACUAUUCUGGUGUUACAAUUCUUGAUGCCCUUGACAACAUUGAUCCACCCAAGAGGCCAACUGAUAAACCUCUUCGCCUCCCAUUGCAGGAUGUUUACAAGAUAGGCGGUAUUGGCACUGUGCCCGUUGGUCGUGUUGAAACUGGUAUCAUCAAGGCUGGAAUGAUCGUUACAUUUGCCCCAGUCAACUUGACCACUGAAGUCAAAUCAGUUGAAAUGCAUCAUCAAGCCCUGGAGGAAGCUCAGCCUGGUGAUAACGUUGGCUUUAACGUGAAGAACGUUUCUGUGAAAGAUAUCAGACGUGGUAAUGUGGCAGGUGAUUCCAAGAAUGAUCCACCAAAAGAAACUGAGGAAUUUAAAGCCCAGGUAAUCAUCAUGAACCAUCCAGGUCAAAUUGGACCAGGUUAUGCUCCUGUAGUUGACUGUCACACUUCUCACAUUGCUUGCAAGUUCAGGGAUCUGUUGGAGAAAAUUGAUCGUCGUAGUGGUAAAAAACUUGAAGACAAUCCUGCUCAUGUUAAAGCUGGAGAUGCAGCCAUUGUUGAGAUGGUUCCUCAAAAGCCAAUGUGUGUUGAGUCUUUCUCCGAAUAUCCACCAUUAGGACGUUUUGCUGUGCGUGACAUGAGGCAGACAGUGGCUGUUGGUGUCAUUAAGUCUGUGAAGAAGAGAGAGGGUGGUCAAGCUAAAGUCACCAAAGCAGCUCAGAAAGCUGGUGUCCCUGCCAAGAAGAAAUGAUGUUCUGCUUAUCGUGGUCAUUCAUUUUGGAUUCUUAUAGAUUUGGUGACAUACUUUUUUAACAUGUGUUUCAUUUUGAGACUUUGUUCAACAGAAAUUGUACCACAUCGUAAAGAGUUCAGGCGGACAAAAUUUAUGUACUUUAGUUGAAAGAAAUUAUUUGGCAGUUU